AUGCUCUCCAUGACGUACAGCGAGAGCCUGCGCAGCGUGGCCAGCCGGCACCCCCCCGAGUGGGGGCUGCCGCCGGCCCCCCGGCCGGCGGAUGGGCUGGAGCUGCGGCGGCUGCGGGACGUGCGGGCGGCAGCGCGGGCGAAGACGCUGGAGGAGUUCCUGCGGAUGCACGGGCUCUCCCUGGCCGACAGCACCGCCCGCGCCACCGGCAUGAAGUACAGGAACCUCGGGAAGUCGGGGCUGCGCGUGUCCUGCCUGGGCCUGGGGACGUGGGUGACUUUUGGAGGGCAGAUCACAGAUGAGAUGGCAGAGCAGCUGAUGACUUUAGCCUACGACAACGGCAUUAAUCUCUUCGACACGGCAGAAGUCUACGCUGCCGGCAAGGCCGAGGUGGUGCUGGGGAACAUCAUCAAGAAGAAAGGGUGGAGACGGUCCAGCCUGGUGAUCACUACCAAAAUCUUCUGGGGAGGAAAGGCCGAGACAGAGAGGGGACUGUCCCGAAAGCACAUCAUAGAAGGUCUGAAGGCGUCGCUGGAGCGGCUGCAGCUGGAGUACGUGGAUGUGGUGUUCGCCAACCGGCCCGACCCCAACACGCCGAUGGAAGGGGACCCAUUUAGUUCCUCCAAGUCCAGGACUUUCAUCGUAGAAGAGACGGUGCGAGCCAUGACCCACGUCAUCAACCAGGGGAUGGCCAUGUACUGGGGGACCUCGCGCUGGAGCUCCAUGGAGAUCAUGGAGGCGUACUCGGUGGCCCGGCAGUUCAACCUGAUCCCGCCGAUCUGCGAGCAGGCCGAGUACCACAUGUUCCAGCGGGAGAAGGUGGAGGUGCAGCUCCCCGAGCUCUUCCACAAGAUAGGCGUCGGAGCCAUGACCUGGUCCCCGCUGGCCUGCGGCAUCGUCUCGGGGAAGUACGACGGGGGGAUCCCCCCCUACUCCCGCGCCUCGCUGAAGGGAUACCAGUGGCUGAAGGACAAGAUCCUGAGCGAGGAAGGCCGGCGGCAGCAGGCGAAGCUGAAGGAGCUGCAGGCCAUCGCCGAGCGCCUGGGCUGCACCCUGCCCCAGCUCGCCAUCGCCUGGUGCCUGCGCAACGAGGGCGUCAGCUCCGUCUUGCUGGGUGCCUCCAACGCCGACCAGCUGAUGGAGAACAUCGGAGCAAUACAGGUCCUUCCGAAGCUGUCGUCUUCCAUCGUCCACGAGAUCGAUAGCAUCCUGGGCAACAAACCCUACAGCAAGAAGGACUACAGAUCCUAA